CCUGCUUGACACGCCAAAAGUCGCCUGAAAAUUUUCCUCUGAAUUUCCUGGACAAAUCUUGCAGAAUAGGCAUAUUUUCCCGCCGGAGAAAACGUGUGGCCAGACGGCGGGGUGUCCAUUGACGGUGGUGGAGUGGAAAGUUGGAGUGAAAAGUACAAACUAAGGAACUUUCGGAGGGGAAAACGUCGUCACGAUUUGUUAUCAGGACUAUAAACAUUCGUCCAUAAAUGCUGGAUUUCUCUGAAAUGCAGAACACGCGCCGAGGACGUCCGGAGGAUGUUUGAGCGCGUCGGCCUGGGCAGUUUUAGUAGCACGUACAAAGCGAGAGGCGAGCUGGCGCGCGAUAAGAAGUCCAGGACCAUCGCGGUGUCCGUGCUCUUCCUCGAUGACACAGCACACACGUUUCCUCUGGAGAAGCGUGCCAAAGGCGCCGAGCUGCUCAAUGCAGUUUUCAGGCAUCUGGAGCUCUCCGAGAGGGACUACUUUGGGCUGCAGUUCGCCCAGCAGCCCGGCGACGUGGUGGUAAGACUCCAGCUAAUACUGAAAACUGUCAAGAGUACGAUUGCCAUGCUUUACUCUUUCUUUCAGACGUGGGUGGAUCCCAACAAAUCCUUUAAGAAGCAAUGGCAAACCGUGCGAGGAGGCGACGUGACACCCUCACUCUAUUUUAAAGUUAAGUUUUUCGUAACCGAUCCGAGCCGUCUUCAGGAGGAAUAUACACGAUAUCAAUUCUACCUUCAAAUCAAGCGUGAUAUUUUGCGUGGGAAACUCCAAUGUUCCCUCAACACUGCCUGCCUGUUGGCCAGCUACACAGUCCAAGCGGAGCUCGGCGACUACAAUCCCGUGGAGCACGCGCCCGGCUACUUGUCCGCCCUGCAGCUGCUCGCCGACCAGUCGGAGGAGACGGAGAAGAGGGUCUGCGAGAUGCAUAAGUUGCACCGCGGCCAGCUGCCAGCGGACGCUGAGUACAACUAUCUGGAGCAUGCCAAGCGAUUGGACAUGUAUGGAAUUGAUCUGCACAGCGCCAUGGAUAGCGACAGGAAUGAGCUGCAACUGGGCGUGUCGUCCACUGGACUGAUUGUCUUUCAGAAUGCCAUCAGGAUGAACAUGUUCUCGUGGUCGAAGAUGGUGAAAUUGUCAUUCAAGCGGAAGGACUUCUUCAUUCAGUUGCGAAGGGAGAUUCCGGAAAGUUACGACACUUUGCUUGGCUUCAGCAUGAAGUCUCACAGGAAUGCCAAAUCUCUGUGGAAGUCAUGUGUUGAGCAUCAUUCCUUCUUCCGUUUGCAGCGUCCGCAUCGUUCGCCGCGAUUCCUGCCAUUGUCGCUGGGCUCCAAGUUCUACUAUUCAGGCAGGACUGAAUUACAGGCGGUGCAGGAGAGCAAGCAGCGCACGAAAGUGAGCAAGAUUUUCAUCCGAUCGCCCAGCAAGCGCAUUCUGGGCUCACCGCUGAAUGGCAGCGAGAGCAAUGGGAAGUCUUCAUCGUCCAUCAUCAAGAACACCCGUCCACAUGACAAUAAAGUUACCUCCAAGCAGACGACGUCCAUUCCGCGGAAGGCGUGGGAGCAGCAGAGCGACGAUGAUGGCUUCAUUGAGCAGCUGGCCAGGAGUUACGAUCUGAAGCAGCCUCUGUAUGGGGAGAAUGGCCAAGAGGAGGGACAAGUGGUGAUCAGAUUGACGGCGGAUGAACAGGGAAGAUUUGGCUUCAACGUCAAGGGCGGUGCGGACCUGAAGCUGCCGGUGUUGGUGUCCAGAGUGGCUCCGCACACGCCGGCCGACAAGAGCAAUCCGAGAGUUCGUGAGGGCGAUCAGGUGCUGAUGAUCAAUGGCUACGACAUCAGUGCCCUGAAGCACGAUCAAAUUGUCGCACUGAUCAGAGCCUCGCGGGAGUAUCGCGGCGGAGAACUGGUCCUGACCAUCAAGCCUCAAGCUCACGGUGAUCAGAUCGAGGAGGAGCCCAUUUGUCUGUACGUUCCGGAAAGUGAUGGAGUUCAGCUCGAGGGAGAUGCUCUCUUCAAUCAAUCACUGCUCCUGCUGAGUGACGGUUUAGCUUCGGGGGCUCUUCUGGUGCAGUACGAACAGAUGUACCGGAAGAAUCCCGAUCUGGCCAUCACGGAGGCACGGAAGCCAGAGAAUGCCGCCAAGAAUCGCUACAGAGACAUUUCACCAUACGAUUGCACGCGUGUUGUGCUGAUCAAUUCCACGACAGGAGAUUACAUCAAUGCCAAUUACGUGAACAUGGAGAUUCCUGGCGGCACUGUGAAUCGCUACAUUGCCACGCAAGGACCGCUGUCGAACACCACCACGGACUUCUGGCGCAUGGUGCAGCAGGAGAGCAGCCAUUUGGUUGUGAUGCUGACCACGGUGAUGGAAAGGGGCAGACCGAAGUGCCACCAGUAUUGGCCAGUGGCUGGAGACACGAUGGAUCUGGCCGAUGGGUUUUCCAUUCAGUGCAAGAGCGAGAGUGCAGAUGAGACGGGCAGUUUUGUCUUCAGAGAACUAUACUUAUGUGAUACAAAGACUGACGAGAGGAGAUUCAUCCAGCACAUGCAGUACCUGGCCUGGCCAGAUCAUGGAGUCCCCGCGGAUCCCAAUCUCUUUCUCCAGUUCACUGAAAGAGUCCGCUCGGCCAGAAGCACGACGCUUCUACAGGAGAUCGAGGCGAGCUUGCGACAAGUACGCCUCAUGGAUGCAGAUGAGAAUGGCGUGGACAUUUGCGAGAGGAAGUCAGCAACGGGCAUCGAUGAUGACAGUCCAGAUGAUAUUCCGCCCUCAACGAGUGUUCACCAGUACAUCAGUGCAGCUAAUCCGCCUGUGAUUGUGCACUGUUCUGCUGGAAUUGGCAGGACUGGCGUGCUGAUUCUCAUGGACACAGCGCUGGCAUUGAUGGAACAACGAGAGCCCGUCUAUCCACUCGACAUUGUCCAAACGAUGCGAGAUCAGAGAGCUUGCAUGGUUCAGAAUGCUGGUCAGUAUAGAUUUGUUUGUGAGUGUAUUUGUGCAGCUUAUGCCAAAAUGGCAACGGAAUCACAACAGUAAUUCUAAGAAUAAUAUGAUAUACAAGUAUAAAGAGAAAGAACUAUA